AUGGAUGAGAGCGAAAAUGAGUUUUCAGAUGAGGAGAGGAAGAAAUUUCGGAGGCAUCACUUUUUUUCAAGGGAUCAAGAACCAAAUAUUAAACUAGAGUACGCUUGUGGAAUAACAAUGGAGUUGGGUUACCUAGAACGUUCUAAAAUUCUCACUUUGAAACCACCUCUAAAAAAUGCCAAUGUUAACCAAAUUGCAAAAUUCAAACGAGAUAUGAAUGCCAUUGGCAAUGUAGGAAUGGGUGCCUUAUUAUUGAAUGAACAUAAAGUAUUAAAAAUAUUUAUUUGUUUUUGA